ACUGACUUUUGUACAUGGCGCGUCUGAAUGAAAAUUCGAAUAUAUAGUAUAUUUUUGUUAUAUUAUUGACAAGAAUUAAUAAGAAAAAUAUAUAAAAUAAUUAUAACGGUGAUAUAUAUUUGUGCGUUUUAAUUUCAUUAAGAUAUAUACGCGAUCGAAGUCCUAUGUUUGAUAUAGCCUAUAAUAUAUUUAUGUUUUGUAUUCAUUCUAAUAUUAUCAGUACUAAUAUUUUGUCAUUUAAUAAUGGCCAAGUGUGCGUUUUUAUCGCAUAAAUUGUCAUUAGAGUUCUGUCAACAUUUAAAAUUUUUACGUACGAGUAAUUGGAUAUUAAAUGCAGUGCGAAAGUUUGCGGACGACAGACCGGCUAUUAUUUUAGGGAUCGAAACAAGCUGCGACGAUACAGGAUGCGGAAUCGUGGACACUACAGGAAAAAUAUUGAGCGAGGUGAUAAACUCGCAGCAUCUUACUCACUUAAGGCUUGGCGGCAUAAUACCUACAAUCGCCUAUGAUAUGCACAGACAACAUAUUACUUCAAUUUGUGAAGAUGCACUAAGAUCAGCAAAUUUAAGAUUAAAAGAUAUAGAUGCUAUUGCAACCACAACUAAACCAGGUCUUCCUUUAUCACUUGCUGUUGGAAAUACCUUUGGCAAAUAUCUCUCUAGAAUUGGUAACAAGCCAUAUAUACCAAUUCAUCACAUGGAAGCUCAUGCAUUAACAACACGUAUGGUGCAGAAAGUAGACUUUCCUUUUCUCGUUUUGCUUGUGUCAGGUGGCCAUAGUUUACUAGCAAUUGUUGAAAAUGUAGAUAAAUUUUAUACAUUAGGUACUACAUUGGAUAAUGCACCUGGUGAAGUUUUUGAUAAGAUUGCUCGCAGACUCAAGCUUGCAAAUAUAGCAGAAUUUUCACAUAUGAGAGGUGGCCAAGCCAUAGAGUGUGCAGCGAGCAAAGCGACAGAUCCGACUAAAUUUGUAUUCGAACCUGUCAUGUCGGGAAAGAGAAAUUGUCAAUUUACUUUCUCAGGUAUAUUAAACAGAUGUUUGACGUACAUUAGCAAUCAAGAAAAAGAACAUGAUAUUGAUGGUAGCACAGUGAUUCCCGAUGUAUAUAAUCUCUGCGCUGCGCUGCAAAUAUCUGCUGUAAAGCACAUAUGUCUUAGAACGCAAAGGGCAAUGGAAUUUAUUAAUAAAUUGAAUUUGAUAUCGAAGGAGAAACGAACUUUGGUAGUAUCUGGUGGAGUGGCCUGUAAUAAUUUCUUAGCAGAAGCUUUAGAAAUUGUUUGCUUGGAAAAAGGUUUUAAAUUUAUUAGAACUCCACCCCGAUUAUGUAACGACAAUGGCGUAAUGAUUGCAUGGAACGGCGUGGAGAGGUGGACGGCGAAUGUAGGCGUUAUCCGAGAUAGGAACGAGAUUGAAAUGGUAACUGCUGAGAAAAAGGCACCACUCGGGGAAAGUUGGAUCGAAAGAGUGCAAGAGGCCAACAUAAAAUGUAAAUUAGUAAAAUUAAAAGGGCUUUUAGAUUAAACACUAA